AUGGGUUCGGAGUUUGGUAUCACCCCUGAUACCAAGCCAGCGGUCCGGCUUGAUGGCGUGGGCGUCUUUUGGAUCGUCUUCGCCGUAUCAUGGACCAUUAUCCUUGUUAGUGGCAUGACAUUCUUGUGGACGAAGCGCGAUAUGCCCAUUCUCCGAAUCAGAGGUCUCGGCUUAUCACUUGCGGCCGUCACUUUUCUCCAUUGUUAUUGGUUUGCUGUCACCACAGGAUAUGUGUACGGUCCUUUAAUGCCCGAGGUGGCCGAGUUCUGGAUCAUGAGCAUCUGGUUUCCAUUCGGUAUCGCACUCUUCCACGCCUCCAACAGUCGAUUCUUGUACGUUGCCAACGCCCAAAGGCAGUACGUCAAACGGACACUUGAUUUGGAAUGGGAUGGCCAGCGUCCACGGAUCCGCAAGACUCUUGUCGCCAGGUGGAAGAUGCUUCCUUAUACCCAUAGGACGCUGAUACCUGUUGGCUUGGGUAUGGUAGCGCACCUUUCUCUUACCAUUUUCAUGUUCCUCAUUUCUCGCAAGUUCCAUCCUGCUUGGGGCAUCUCUGGAACCGAGGUUACUGGCACUGCUAUGGAGCAAAAGACUGAGCAAGGUCGUGGCUGGGAAUGGUGGCCAUCAAUCUUCUGGCAACUGUUUUGGGCCUGGAUCGUUGCUCCCGUCAUUCUGUGGCGCUCUCGAACUCUACGAGACACCCAGGGUUGGCGGACGCAGACUAUUGCUUGCUGCGUGUCUGGUCUUCAUGCCUCUCCAAUGUGGCUCAUCGCUCUCUAUGUCCCUGGCAUGGCUCCUGUCAACAAUUAUUUCAUCCCUCCGCAAUGGAUUGCCGUUACAAUCAUGAUGCUCGAGAUCUUCACCGUAUUCAUUCCCGUCUGGGAAGUUCGAAGGCAACAAUCCCUCUGCCAGGAGACCCUCGACUCGAUUGCACGCUGGGAGUCUCGACAGAAGUCUGUUCAGCACAGCGGAAAGUCUCUCCACUCUGGCACCAGCUCCUCGUCAUGGAUGGGUCGUACCAAGGCUGGCUCAGUAUCUACUACUGGGGGCAGCAUCUUGACCAUGGACGCCCUGGAGCACACCUUGGCGAAGAACCCCGAGCCCUUGCAGGAGUUCUCUGCGCUUCGAGAUUUUUCUGGCGAGAACAUUGCCUUUCUCACCCGAGUGCGUGAGUGGCGUGCUCGGUACAUUGUCAACCCCACCCUCAGGGAACCCAUGAGGGACGAAAAGGACAGCGAGAAAACCUUGACCCUCUCGCGGGAGUGCUUCGAGGGCGCUCUCCGCGUCUACAUCGACUUCAUCAGCAGUCACAGUGCCGAAUUCCAAGUCAACCUGUCCUCGCAGGACUUCAAGAACCUCCAGGGUAUCUUCGAGGGGGCCGCGCGCGCUGUCUGCGGCGAAUGCAGCACUCCAGACCCAGCCACUCCUUUUGCUGACGCUCCCAAAGCUCCGAGCGAAUCGGGCGAGACUGCUCGAUACUGGGGCGACAUCCCCGAGGCUUUCAACGAGGGUGUCUUUGACGAUUCCGAAAUGAGCAUCAAGUACCUCGUGUUGACAAACACGUGGCCCAAGUUUAUUAGAGAGAGGCGCUCAUUCGACAGCGUGAGCAGCGUGGAGGCUGGUAAAUAG